AUCAUUUCGGCGCCAUGUGUGUCGUCAGCUGAUUCGUCAAGUCCGCAACGGUGCGUCACGGUGAACACACACGUCGGUGUAUGCACAGCGUUGCAGACCGUAUCCCCGGUUUUUAGGACAACUCGAAUUUCGUAUUUUUUGCAUUUUUUGGACCCAAAAUUCACGGAAAACUCGAUGCUUCUAUAAUUUUUUUUCGCUUUUUUUCGCCUGGAAGCCUCCAAUAACUCGCCCCGACCGGCACAACAACAAAAGAAAUGGCUGACGAUUGGGGAUGCAAUGUGGAUUUGUUCGGCGAGUCGAGCAAGACAAGCUCCAAGUCUCUCACGGAACUUGUGGACAGUCUCACCAAAAAGAAUUUGAACGGAGCAGCUCGUCCGCAAUCUACACCGCAGGAAGCGGAAAAUGUGAAAGUAGUCGCGAUGAAGCGCAAGAUUCCGAUGGUUCACGCGCCGAAGAUUUUGAAGAAAAAGAAGGCAAAUGGACAUCACAAUAAUAAUAACAACAAUCUGAAAGUUCUGGAUGAUGCAAACCCAAAGAGAGUACACUUCGAUAUUGAGCAGUUUCUGUCACGAGAAGCAGGAAAAGGCGACCGAGUCGAGGCUCGUGAGCGAAUGCUCGCUUCUUUGGGAGCUGCUCCGGCGAAGCGUGGCUACGUCAACUACAAGGAUCUGAAGAUCGAUCGAGCGGCGAAGAAGGCCGAGGCGAAGGCUCACGCAGAGAUGAACCACGCCAAUAGUCUCUCCAUGCUUAAUAUCAAGAAGAAAAAUAAGAAACGGAAGUAGUGCAAGCUAAAUACCAAACAAAUUAAUAAUCUUUGUUCUUGAUUUUUUAAUGUUUUUUUAUCUGUUCCUCCGUUCAACUGAUAACCCCCCACUGUUUUAUCAUUUUCAAUGCACGCUGGACGUGAAAACGCUCUGCUGGCAUCAGAUUUGUUAGUUCUCUACAUUUUCUUCCCCCCCCCCUUUCCGCUACUUUAUCUCAGAAUUUCGGGAGGCUCCCCCUAUAUCUGCCUCCAUUCACGUAGUGCCAGACUGUCCCAUUACGGGUUGAUCUACAAAAAACGCGGGAAUUUUUUGCCCAAAAAAAUGUGACGUCAGCAAGUUCUUGACCAUGCGAAAUCAGAUGAAAACUCUGCGUUUCUUCUCCCGCAUUUUUUGUAGAUCAACGUAGACCAAGCCGAAAUGAGACACUCUGACAUCACGUGUCCAUUUCCGUAAACUGUACAUCAAAAGCCUCCCCCACCCACCAAUACUUCCAUCUCUGUCUGCUGCUAUUACGUGUUUUGCUAAUUUUUGAUAAAUUCGGCAAAUAUUAUAA